AUGUCGACUGCCACUGAAACAGCACAGAACUUGGUCGACCGUACCAAGGAAAAUCUCGGCUCUGCCGCUUCCGCACAUCGCGAGCCGCUGAAGCUCAGCGGUGCUCUUGAUCAGUACGAGCAUUUCGAUGUCACGCCGGUGAUCGGCAGAGAGUUCCCCAGUGCAAAUCUGAAGGAAUGGCUGGAAGCUCCCAACUCGGAUGAGUUGUUGCGCGACUUGGCAAUCACAGUCUCGCAGCGCGGUGUUGUGUUUUUUCGCAAGCAGGACGCCAUCACCAACGAGCUUCAGAAAGACCUUGUCCGCCGCCUUGGCGAGCUUUCCUGGAACUCGGACAAGCCAAAGACGUCGGGCCUCCACAUUCACCCCGUGUCGAACAGCGGCCGAACACUCGGUGGCAAGGACGAUGAAAUCAGUGUCGUCUCGUCGGAACAACAGCAGAAGCUCUACGUCAACCACCCAGCUUACCGGAAGAAGCAGAGCCAAGCCGAUGGGUGGCACUCUGACAUCACAUUCGAGCCCAUUCCCAGCGACUACGCCUUGCUUCGCUUGACCCACCUUCCCGAGACAGGCGGCGACACUCUCUGGGCGUCGGGCUACGAGGUCUACGACCGCCUCUCGGCGCCGAUCCAGAAGCUUCUCGAGUCUCUCACCGGCACCUAUGCCCAGCCAAUGUUCCAAGAAGCGGCCAAAAACAACAACUUCGAGCUCUACAGCCAGCCCCGCGGCGCGCCCGAGAACGUGGGCACCGACCUCACCGCCACCCACCCCAUCGUGCGCACGAACCCCGUCACAGGCUGGAAGUCCAUCUUUUCCGUCGGCCAACACGCCAAGCGGAUCAACGAGCUGACCGAAGAGGAGUCCGAGACCUUCCUCAAGUGGUUCGUCCGGCUGAUCGUGGAUAACCACGACCUUCAGGUCCGCCACCGCUGGCAGAACCCCAACGACAUCGCCAUCUGGGACAAUCGUAGCGUGUACCACACCGCCACCUUCGAUUACGACGGGCUUGGUCUGAGGGCGGGUCAGCGUGCCGUGAGCCUGGGAGAGAGGCCGUACUUUGACCCGCAGAGCACGAGCAGGCGGGAAGCGUUGGCAAAGCAAGCGUCGGCCGAGGUGAAAGUGUCCGAAUCUUGA